AUUAUCAAAACAAAAAACGGAUAAAAAUUGUCGCAAUAUUUUAAUGAAUUUUUUUUCUAUACGUUUUUGUAUUACAUUCCGCAAAUUAAUACGUUUGGGAGAUUUUAAAUAAAAAAGUAAUAAAAUAGAAAAAGUUAUGUGCCAAAACCAGCAAUAAGAUUCUGAUUAUAUUUUAAGAUUAAUAUAAAGGAAAUCUAAGACACAUUUUAACAAUUUUCCAUUUAUUAUCAAAACAGAGUAAUGCAAAUCUGUAGUGAAAAAAUAAUUAAAAGUACUUCAAAACAAAUAACUUGCAAUUUAAUUCAAAGGCAUAUAUUAUUCGUCGAUUGAACGUGCACAUAUUCCUACAUACACAUACAGGUUGUAUGUAAGUAUAGUAAAAAUGGAAAAUGUUGAUGUGAAUUAUGGGGUUCAUAUUAAUACGAGGCAUCAGGUAUUGGCCAAGUAUAGCACUGCUCUCAAACAGCUCCGUUCAUUUGCAGAGAGAUCAUACGAAAUACGCCCAUUUGCUUUUGACAACUAUGUGCUCUUUCAGUACUUCCAUCGUCGCACUGAUGCGUCGCUAGCAGGAUCUGCCGAUACUUCGAGUUACUUGAAUAUAUCUCCAAUGACGUUCUUGAAAAUUGAACUACUCAAUCAUAUAUUGGAUCGGAGGCGGCAGAUUUUGUAUUGGCUUUUUUACCUGCUUCUGGCUGUACUCUGCAUAUUUGUGUACCGUCAUGAAACUUCAUCGUCUGUAGCAGAGAGAAGCGUAAGAUCCAUGGUUUAUCCUAGUAUGCGUAUAUGGCGACGAAUGACUUUACCAUUAAUUGAACGAUUUCCACGCCUUACAGAACUUUACGAUGAAUCCUGCCUAAUGGGAAAUCCGUUCUUUCAAGUCGAUGACAUGAGUUGUUCGCCUUGUUCACAUGUAAAGUCCGUGAUUGAUUUGACAUUAGCGUUUGAAAAUGAGGAUGUUGCAAAUAAAAACGUUGAAGAACACGAUAGGGUAACAAAUUUCAUUCAUAAAAUAAUACCUUCAGAGUAUGUGCCUUUUGUAUUCAAGAUAAGCCAUGGUCCAAUAGAACUUCAGGAUGUUUACAAUAUGUAUUUAAGUCAUCAAGAUAUUUUUGAACGUGAUGCAUUUCGGGUACAUUCGACCAAUAGAGAUGUGACGAAUCUUGAAGAACUUUUCAAUCAAUUUAAUCAAACUAUCUUGGUAGAAACACAUAAUUUGUGGAGAUGCAAUCGAAUGCUACCAGCACGUCUUCUUCGAAAACUUAUUGCUCGUCCAUCAACUUUGCCAAGUAGUUUAGCUUUGGAACGAUAUAUGGCUAUAGAUACACCACAAGCACAAUCUUAUACUCUACCAGACACGGAAUGUUCACAUGUCUAUAUUCAGCAAGCCCUUGGUACUCGAUUUAUUAUUUUAAGACCGACUAGUGAGUGUCGACAUCGUUGUCGCACAUUAUCCAUCCGCUUACCACAGUCAUUUAUCUUAAGUUACAAUUCAUGGUAUUGGAAGCCAAUUUCGGCCCCAGAUCCUGUAUCGGACUCAAUAUCAAUAAGUCUUAUUGGAUCGUAUUGUUAGACUAGUGAAAUGUUCAUUCAACUUUAUAUUAUUUCUAUCCCCUACUCGUCAGUCUUUAGUCAGCAUUAAUCAGAAAUACAACCCAGACAAUUACUGGAACAGACAUACAUCAUUACCCCUUUUUCACAACAGUUCUUAUAUGAGCAUUUUAACAUGCUGAUAUUCCUUCCUCGGUUAUUUUAAAUUUUAAAAUUUAAAAGCAUUUAACAUUGCAUAUUUACCUACAUACACAUGUACAAUAGACCUACUCACAAAAAAAUGGUGCUUUAGUUACCCUCCUCAAAAUAUUGGCUGUUAUGUAAUAUGAUGUUACACAAAAUAUUUUGGGUUAAGUAUUGUCCAUUCGUGAGCUGAAUAGUUUUUAAAAAAAAUAUCUUAUUUUACCCAGCUUCAAAUAAUCUUUGUUAUCUUUUAAGAUGAUUCCCAAAAUAUUUUUAGUGUCCCCUUUUCGACGAUACCCCAUAUUGGAUAUUUUGUUUUAAAACAAAACAAUUAAAUAAAAUAAUUUCAAAAUACCUUUUUUUAAUUGGGUCCAGCUCACGAACGGUCAUCGCUAGACUUCAAUUUUUUUGGAAAUCAUUAUAAAACAAAGCAAGAAAUGUUGAGAGGGUUAAAAAACUCGUUUUUACUUUCCAUACAGAGUCGGCCUAAUGUACAUAAAUAUAAAGUAAGCAUAUUGACGUACUGUGCAGAAUUUGUAAGGACCAUUUCUCCAAAAAUCUCAUAAAUUUUAUCGAAUGAAAAUUUUCUGAUGAAUUCUAUACAUUUUAAUGCAAACAAAAUUCUAUAAAGAUAAAAGCGUCGCCAUUUAACUGAACAGUGCAUUAUUAAGGUCGAAAGAGCAUAACAUUUUUGUUUUGCAGUUGUUUAGACGUAACAACAGCAUAUAUUUACACUUUAGUAACUCUUUAUUAUAUGUAUACCUACUAAAUGUAAUAACAAUUAAAAUGAAUUUUAGUUUCAAGUAAGAAUAAUAAAUAUUUAAAAAUGUU